AUGGCAGAAGCCCUUAGGCCUGCGAGUUUUCCCUCGCCAAAUAUCGUCCCAGACUCGGACGAACUCUUUGCAGAACUCUGGGAAGCGAGGAUGCUCUACCCGUACGCGAGCGCGGAGCGACUUCGCCAAUACAUCCUCGAGCGCUGUAGAGAGUGGGAGGUCAGCCUGAAACGAGUCAAGAAGAUGAUCAAGGACCAUCCCUAUCUACAAACCAUUCCUCUUGGCUCCUCUAGUCCCGCGUCCGACGACGGUCAUGACCAACCCGUCGAGGUAGCUCUCCAGCGGACCAUGGACAAGGAGGCCCUACGAGUGCUCUUGUACGAACUCACAAAGCGAGAGAAUACCUUUCUCGACUAUGUCCACGACGAAGCAGCCAGAAUGUGGAUGCCCACGAGAUGCGAAUUCGUCAUGAUGGCUGCUGGAAUCAAACCAGCCUGUCUUAUUUGGAGUGGCGUGAGCGACGACGGCGACGAUCCACAGUACGGCUCGGACUUUGCCAAAGUCUGUCUGUGGAUGACCACGGUAUGGAUCCGGACCGUCGAAUCUCUCAAGAAUUUGCCACACAUUGACGCCCGUCUCAAGACGUGGCUGACCAGCGUCUCUGACAACACGAUUGAACACUCGAUCACGACCGGCUGGCUCGUCUAUUCGAGCUCUACCUCGCCACUUGCGCAUCGUAUGGUCGUCGACCGUGUCUUUCAUCAUCCUGAAGAGUACCCUCGACCACCGACGCAUCCAAAAAGCCCGUUUGUACCCCAGCCGGGUCAGCUCAUCCUAUCGGAAAACGCGCUAGCCGCGUCGCUUGGAUACCCAGUCGCACUUCCUUCUACCCGUGGUCUCAGCGCCUUCAACGCGUCUGCAUACGUGUAUGAGGAUUUCCGGGAUGGGCGUUCGCUCCUCACCUCGUUCAUGUUCGCCGCGCCAUUUGAUGCGGAGCGUGUCAUCCGAUGGUUCCACGACUUUGUGGAAUUGAUGCAAGGUGUCAUGGUUGGGACAUUGAACCUCGUCGUCUUGCCCUGCCCCGACGGUAGGCCGAUGGAACACGUCGGGCUCAACCAAUUGCAACGCGUCACAUUCGUCACUGGUGGUGGACGGGAGUGGAAUGUGUUCCCAUAUGAGCCCCUGUCGCUUACCAUGGCUGAAGCCUACCAAGGGCUCAGAGAUGAGCUUGCACCCAAGUUUGGGCUGAACCACUUUUCAAUGACCAAAAAGGCCCGAAGUUUCAUGUUUAUUCCAUGGAAUACGACGCAGGACGAAUGCGAACUCCGCUGCGAAUCCAACGGUCGGUGGCAAAUCCUCGAGCCCAAACACGACAAGCGACGCGGUCGUUCACGAAGAAAGUCUGUCAAGUAA